AUGAUGUGCGAGGUGAUGCCCACCAUUUCUGAGGAUGGGCGAAGCGGCACUGGCGGGGGCCCAGACGAAGGAGGCAGCACGGGGAACCUGGAGUCGUUAAUGGUCAACAUGCUGACGGAGAGGGAGAGGCUGCUGGAGAACCUGAGGGAGACGCAGGAGAGCCUGGGCACGGCUCAGCUCCGCCUCCGCGAGCUCGGGCACGAGAAGGAGUCGCUCCAGAGGCAGCUAUCCAUUGCUCUGCCACAGGAGUUUGCUGUGUUGACUAAAGAGCUGAACGUUUGCCGGGAGCAGCUUCUGGAGAGGGAGGAGGAGAUUGCUGAGCUCAAGGCGGAGAGAAACAACACACGUCUGUUGCUGGAACACCUGGAGUGUCUGGUGUCUCGCCACGAGCGCAGUCUGAGGAUGACGGUGGUGAAAAGACAAGCCCAGUCCCCGGCAGGGGUCUCCAGUGAGGUGGAAGUCCUCAAGGCCCUCAAGUCUCUGUUUGAGCACCACAAGGCCCUGGAUGAGAAGGUUCGAGAGAGGCUGCGUGUGGCCCUCGAGAGGGUGUCCAUGUUAGAGGAUCAACUUGCAGCUUCUUCUCAAGAGGUAAUCUCUUUAAGAGACCAAAUUAAAAGACGUCAACAAGGGGUGGACGGCGGGAAAGAUCGACUACCCAACGGCCCCUCCACCGGCCUGGAGGACAGCGAGCUGGAAAGACAGCGAGAAGGGGAGAUAGAGCGGCAGAGAGCUGAACUCUCCCAGCUGAGGGAGAGGCUGGCCCUCAUGUGCCGGCAGGUUGGGGAAAUAGAGGAACAGCUUGCGGCCGCCAGGAGGGAGGUGACGAAGUCAGAGGAGGCCAAUCAGAAGCUCCAAAGGGAAGUGAAAGAGGCCCUUUGCCAAAGGGAGGACAUGGAGGAAAGGAUUACAACACUAGAACGCAGGUACCUCAGCGCCCAGAGGGAGGCGACUUCUCUACAUGACAUCAAAGACAAGCUGGAAAAUGAGCUGGCCAGCAAGGAAUCACUGCACAGACAGAGUGAAGAGAAGAACAGACAGCUGCAGGAACGUCUGGAUGAAGCCAAGCAGAAGCUCCAGCAGACCCUCCAGAGGGCAGAGACUCUGCCCGAGAUCGAGGCCCAGCUUGCCCAAAGGGUUGCUGCUCUCAACAAGGCUGAGGAGCGCCAUGGAAACUUUGAGGAGCGACUACGGCAAAUGGAAGCUCAACUCGAGGAGAAGAACCAAGAGCUGCAGAGGGCGAGGCAGAGGGAGAAGAUGAACGACGAACACAACAAACGCCUCUCGGACACAGUGGACAAGCUUCUGUCCGAGUCCAACGAGAGACUGCAGCUCCACCUCAAAGAGAGGAUGGCAGCGCUAGAGGAAAAGAAUGCUCUGUCAGAGGAACUAUCCAAUAUGAAGAAAAUCCAAGAUGAUCUUCUAGCUAAUAAGGAGCAGCUCCUUGCUGAGCUGGAGCGAAUCCAACUGGAGCUGGAUCAGCUGAGAGGCCGGCCUGGCUCUUCUUAUUCCAGAUCUCUUCCAGGGAGCGCCUCGGAGCUGCGGUACCCCCAGGGUGGAGGCUCGCUCCCGUCCGGCUACGGCAGCUCGUCUAGUGGGGUGGUGGUCAGGCGGGCACACCGUGGCCGGUGGGGGCCUCCUAGAGAUGAUAGCAACAAGUAUGGAGAGUGGGACAGUGGCACUAUGCUGGGUCCGGGGUUUGACGGUGGCGGCGAGGGAGGCGGCUCUGACGACGAGGACGACAGGGAGACUCUGUUCGGAUCGGAGCUGCUGUCUCCCAGCGGACAGACAGAUGUACAGACACUGGCCAUCAUGCUGCAGGAGCAACUGGAGGCCAUCAACAAGGAGAUUAAGCUGAUUCAGGAGGAAAAGGAGAGCACAGAGCUGAGGGCAGAGGAGAUCGAGAGCCGGGUCAGCAGCGUGGCCCUCGAUGCCUCCCCUCUCCCACCGUCCUCGCUGGGAGGUCGGGACAGUGUCGGGAGGGGGUACAUGACUCCCUCCAUCACCUCCUCCACGUUGGCGUCUCCCUCGCCACCCAGCUCUGGACAUUCCACCCCCCGCCUGCCGCAUUCCCCUGCCAGGGAGACUGACAGACAGGUGCUGAGUCGAACCCUACGAUUGGACCGAAUGACGCACACUCACCCGGGCGCAGGCCUUGAUGACCACCGUGAAUUUCGCAGUCUCUCUGCUGACGGUGUCACCACUGCAAGCCAGGAUUCCCUCCACAAAGCCAGCAAAAAGAAAAGCAUUAAGUCGUCCAUUGGCCGUCUUUUUGGCAAAAAGGAAAAGGGGCGGAUCGGUGCACCUGGGCGAGAAUCUGCCUCGCUGGCCUCCACGCCCUCCGAUGACCUGGGUUCAGCCGACCCGUUAGGCUUGACUAAACUCGGGACUGGGACAGUGGAAAAAGACCGGCGCAGCAAAAAGAAGCACGACCUGCUAGAGGAAGCCUGUCGUCAGGGUCUGCCUUUCGCCUCAUGGGACGGCCCGACUGUUGUUACAUGGCUUGAGCUGUGGGUGGGGAUGCCGGCGUGGUACGUGGCAGCGUGUCGGGCCAACGUGAAGAGCGGCGCCAUCAUGGCCAACCUGUCGGACACAGAGAUCCAGAGGGAGAUCGGCAUCAGCAACCCUCUGCACAGGCUCAAACUCCGCCUGGCCAUCCAGGAAAUGGUCUCCCUCACUAGUCCGUCUGCACCUGCAAGCACUCGCUCUUCAACCAGUAAUAUCUGGAUGACACAUGCUGAGAUGGAGUCUCUGACUGCUGCCACCAAACCAGAGCAGAAGGAGUUCAGCUGGGACCAGAUCCUGGCCUAUGGAGACAUGAACCACGAGUGGGUGGGAAACGAAUGGCUGCCCAGUCUUGGUCUGCCCCAGUACCGCUCCUAUUUCAUGGAGUCACUGGUGGAUGCCCGCAUGCUGGAUCACCUCACCAAGAAAGAACUUAGGGGCCAACUGAAGAUGGUGGACAGCUUCCACAGGGUGAGUCUUCACUAUGGCAUCAUGUGCUUGAAGCGCUUGAACUACGACAGGAAGGAGCUGGAGAGGAGGAGGGAUGAGAGUCAACACCAGAACCAAGAUGUAAUGGUGUGGUCCAACGAGCGAGUGAUGUGUUGGGUCCAGUCUAUAGGCCUGAAAGAAUUUGCUGACAACCUAUUAGAAAGCGGGGUGCAUGGGGCCCUCCUGGCGCUCGAUGACACCUUUGACUACACUGACUUGGCCCUCCUCCUGCAGAUACCCAAUCAGAACACACAGGCGAGGCAGCUCCUGGAGAAGGAGUACAAUGCUCUCAUCUCCAUGGGAACAGAGAGGAGGCCAGAUGAGGACGGCACGAAAACAUUUACACGGUCACCAUCAUGGAGGAAGAUGUUCAGGGAGAAGGACCUCCGCGGCGUGACCUCCGACUCCUCGGAAACGUUACCUGCCAACUUCCGUGCCUCGGCCAUCUCAACCCCCUCUGUCACCCUGAGAAAAGUCCAGAGUGAAGUAAACUCUGGUCCGAGAGGAGAGUCGGGGUCCGUGAGAACAUAUUCCUGCUAAAAGAUAAGCACACCAGAACCCCACCUCCAUCCUUACCCCAGGAAAAAAAAAGUAAACACAUUUUUGAAGAAGAAAAAAAAAAGAAGUGAGGAUCAAAAUCAGAAAUGGACACUGGAAGAUGAC